GUUGAUGAAAAGGCUCUAAAACACAUAACAGAGAUGGGUUUCAGCAAAGAAGCAGCCAGACAGGCACUUAUGGAUAACAGUAACAGCCUAGAGGCAGCAUUAAAUUUUCUUCUGAACAGCAGUAAGCAGAAACCCAUUCAGGGACCACCACCUAGAGGUAAAGGGAAAGGCCGAGGACGAAUAAGAGCUGAAGAUGAAGAAGAGCUAGGAAACGCCAGACCGUCUGCACCAAGCACGCUGUUUGAUUUCUUGGAAUCCAAAAUGGGUACUCUAACAGUAGAUGAACCAAAAUUGCAGUUUCAGCCACCACAUCAAGUACAGCACAAAGUUAUGAAUGCAGAACAGAACGGCAUCAAAGAGAAUCAUUCAAGACACAUUUCUCGCAAUGACAUGAGACAACCAAGGAAUGAGAAACCCCCUCGUUUUCAAAAGGAUGUUCAAAAUUCAAGGCAGACUUUGGAAAGUAGUGGGUUACCAAGAAACAGAGGUCCUGAAAGGCACAGCUCUUUAGAACACUGGACAGAUGAAAAAAAUAAAAGCGACAGACAUUAUACUAGAAAUGAUAGGCCAAAGGAUUUGGGUUAUCCCGUAGUCACUCACCAGAGUGAUAUUACUUUCAAAAAAAGGGAUAACAAUAUGCAAAACAGAGUAGGAAAAGGGGUGUCUUUCACAGAAUUCAAGGAGAACUCUGCUGCUCAAGAUACUACAGACAACAAUAACCAGAAACGUGGGAAAAGGGAAAACCAGAUACACAAUUCUGAAAAUUUUUGUGAUAGGAAGGCACGAACAAUAAGUAGUGAAGCCUUUAUGGUAAAAAGUGAGCAACAUUUUGGUAUUAAUAAUGAUUACCAAAAUCCUGGUAGAACUGAUAAUUUUAAUGCUGUACCAAAUGGAGAUACAGAGCAUCAUCAGAAAGGAAGACGAGUAGGACCCAUCAAAUCAUCAGGACCUGCUACGAUCCCAUGUUUUGAUGAUAAAAUGUUGUAUUACAACACCGGUCCCAAGAGGAGAUCUGGACCCAUCAAACCAGAGAAAAUAUUAGAACCAUCAGUUCACAUGGAGUAUGGAAAAAGUUGGAGACCAGGGGAUGAAUGUUUUGCUCUUUAUUGGGAAGACAACAAGUUCUACCGGGCAGAAGUUGAAGCUCUCCAUUCUUCUGGGACAACUGCAGUUGUUAAAUUCUGUGAUUAUGGAAAUUAUGAAGAGGUGCUUCUCAGCAACAUCAGGCCUGUUCAUGCAGACACGUGGGUAUGUGAUAACAAAUUGUAUUAAAAAGUAUAAACUACAUAGUCUGUACAAAAUAUGUAACCUUUUAGAAAUUAAUGCCUACUCGUGCAAAGAAUGCUAAUUGCAUGUGUAGAAAGUUAAGCGAAUACACGAACAAAAUCUCAACUUUUAGUUGUCUAUGUGA